CAGCAACCCAGUGAUAACCGCGCAAAAAUGGAAAGUCCACACGAGCAUCAGCAAGCCCUGCUUCUAUCUCGGAUUAUCAACAACGUUGAAAAGCUGAACGAGGCUGUCAUGGUCAUGAAUAAAAGUCUACAGGAAGUAAACAUUCAAAACAUGAAUGUCGAGCUUGUCGCACAAAUGUUCAAGAACUAUCAAUCCAACGUACUAUUCCACUUGGAGGCCACGGAAAACCUCAAGGAGGCAUCGUGACAUAUCCCCUUGUCAACGCUUUGAUGAUAAUGCAGCAACCAUAGAUACCAAUGAGUUUGAUUUCCUAGCCAUCAAAAAGUUUAAAUGCACAUUUGCCUGUCUGUAAUCUGUA